AUGGCCGAGGCCGGACCGGCCUCGUGGGGACAAAUCACCGCACAGCGCCGCACUGCCACUCAGAAGGUCCCAGUUGUCAGGGUCUGUUUGUCCUCCCCUUUUCCUAGUUUCUUAGUUUGUUUUCCUUUAGUUAGUUUUAUUUCCACCUGUCCCUGGAACCACCACUUCUCAAGACAUCCAGCAGAUGUCACCCAUGCUCCACCCCUGAGAAGUGUCCUGGUUCAACCCGGACACACACCUGCAGCUGGUUUAGAGGGCGUGGACCUGCGAUAUAAGCAGCAGCUACACUCCGUCUCACCGCCUGAGUGUUUGCCUACCACGAUUCUCCCGCCGUCUUCUAGUUGUUUCCCGGAAACCAGCUGCCCCCGCAUUCGUGUAAGUCUGUCUCCCCGCUGUGGAUCACCUCCCUCCUGUGUGAUUUCCCGACGCUGCCGGUGUUCCCGGUCAGACGCCACUCCCUGUGUGUGUGUGCGUGAUCUCCCCUCGUCGAUCCCUCCCCGGGAUUUCCCCUUCGGGACGCUACGGGCCAGGAGGCCCACGCCCGAACUUCCCGGAGGACCGCCUGGACGGAUCAGGCUCCAGGCCGUGCCCGACAUCAGAGCUAAGCAUCGCUCGUCAACGGACACUCGGCUCGCGCUCCGCUUCGCCCCUAAUACCUCCACGCCAAUAGAAGAACCGGUCCGCCGAUUCGGCUUCGCCACCAGCUCCCUGAUCCUUCAAUAAACAUUAUUGUUUCUGA